CUCUCUCUAUCUCUCUCUUCUUCCGGCUGCAUAUACUGUAUGUUCCGUGGUGGCUCUGUUGUCAUGGUGAUGAACUCACAGAAAGCUUGUGAAAGAUUUACUUUUGUUUCAAGAUCUCUGCAUUCAUUGUGUUUUCCUUUUUUAUUUUAUGUUUGUUAUCACUCCUUAUUCUACUUGUUUUUUUGUGUGUGUGUGUGUGUAAUAUUUCUUGUGCGGUUUAUAUAUGUAUAAUCAUGUCUCCUAAUACGUAUAUAACCAACUAUAUUCCUCUUCCUCCUCCUCUUCCUCCCCUCUGAGACUGAUAGUGAAAGUGUUUUGGUACUGUUUGUGUCCAGUUCUGGCUAGAUUUGUCCAGUGAGUUAGUUCCUUUGACACCAGGAGAGAUCAUAUCUAAUAUAGGCCUAUACUUAAUCAUGGUAGAUGUAGUGUAGAACGUCUUAGCAAAGUUUAGUAGCUAGACCCUGCCACAAUCCUGUCUCCCAUAGCCACCCAGGACCUGUAGAAAAGUGUGUUCUUUAGGAUUCUUCCACCGUCUUUUUCCUAACCUCUCUCACUUCUCCCUUUUCCCUUUCCCACUCUUCCUCUGUGAUGAGGAGUACUGAUGUCACAGGGUAUAGAAGGUGGUGGUGAUGAUGAUGAUGAUGACAGUGAUUUUGUACUGAUAGUCUGGCUUCCUGUGUGUGUGUGUUUGUGUGCGUGCUUUUCUGCGAGGAUGUGUGUGUAAAGCUUUUCUUAUUAUUGGAAUAUUCUUGGUCUUUUUUUCCUCUCCUCCCAUCAUCAGGAUAACAUUGGGCACCGGUUGCUUCAGAAACAUGGCUGGAAGCUCGGACAAGGCCUGGGCAAAACCAUGCAGGCGAUAUGAUCCUGGCCAUGUUGUGCUGAUGGUAAACUUAGUGGACGCACUGACCCCGUGCCCAUCAUCCUCAAAUAUGACGUUAUGGGAAUGGGGCGCAUGGAGAUGGAACUGGACUAUGCAGAAGAUGCCACAGAGAAGAGGCGAGUGUUGGAAGUGGAGAAGGAGGACACAGAGGAGCUGCGUCAGAAGUACAAGGAUUAUGCGGAGAAGGAAAAAGCCAUAGCCAAAGCUCUAGAGGACCUGAGGGCAAACUUCUACUGUGAGCUGUGUGAUAAACAGUAUCAGAAACAUCAGGAGUUUGACAAUCACAUCAACUCCUAUGACCACGCACACAAGCAGAGGCUGAAGGAGCUGAAGCAGCGUGAGUUUGCACGGAAUGUGUCUUCUCGCUCACGAAAGGAUGGAAAGAAACAGGAGAAGAUGCUGCGACGGCUACAUGAGCUGGCAGAGCAGAGAAAGCAGCAUGACCGUGUCCUUGGAAGUGGCCCCAUGUUCAAAGCCACCACAGUUGCAGUAGAUGGAGAAAAGGGGGAUGAUGGAGAUGGUGUUCCUAUGACAAUGGACUGUACCACAGAGGGGUCCUCUGGUGAGGACCGUGGAGGCUCCCCUAGACCUGGCCCUCCGAUCAGCUUCUCCCUGGGCAAGAGUAGCUCCUCUCCUACACCCUCUGGAGGUUCACAAGCCCCCAAAGUUAGCGUCUCCUUCUCCUUUGCCAAGAAAGCGCCUGUAAAGCUGGAAACAGCUGCUGCUGUGUUUGCAGAUCACGCAGAGGAAGCAAUGGAAGGAGAAGAAGGACAAGAAGAAGCAGGAGAAAAGACUGGAGGUGAAGAAGGAGCCACUGGAUCCAGCACAGAAAGUCCUCAGGGUGGGGGUGCUAGUGGAGGAGGUGAGGAAGAGCAGCCACAACCUGAUGAUGGAGGGUCCCUGGCUUCCACCUUGAACAAGCUGAAGAUGAUGAUGAAGAAAGAUGAAAACUAUUCAGGACAGGAGCCGCAGUAUUAUCACUAUGUACCGCCAGCACACUGUCGGGUAAAGCCACACUUCCAGUUCUUACUAUUCAUGAAGGCUUCAGACCAGUGUGGCAGCCGGGAGGAGGAUGAAGAUGAGGAGGAAGAGGAGAAGGCUACCGCAACAGGUGAAGACACUGAACAGGAACAGCCCAAAAUUGACAGUUGUAAAUCAGAAAAAACACCUGAAAACCCUCCUGUCCUAGCACAGGACACAAAUCCUCCUCCUUCCUCACCCAAAGUGAAGACUGAGGAGGGGUCACGGAGCUCUCCACCAGCAGAGGGCAGCGAUGUCACACAGUCAAGCGUUCCUGUUCCUCCAGUGGAUGCUAAGCAAGGGGUAUCUGAACUUCCAGACACUGGGCCCCGCAUCCCAACAGGACCAUUCUUUCCCGUGCUAAGCAAAGAUGAGAGCACCACUCUGCAGUGGCCCUCUGAAUUGUUGGAAUUCACUAAAGCUCAGCCCUCCCUCUCGUACAGCUGUAACCCUCUCUACUUUGACUUCAAGUCCCGAAACAAAGGAAACCGAGCAGGUAGACCCAGCAAACCCGAUAAGCCUGGGGGAGAGGAGUCAAAGCCAGAGGUUACUGACAGCACCAGCGGUACAAGUGGCCAGACUUCCACACCAGCAACUAAUCCAGGACCUAGCACUGAAAUCACAGAGCAAUCUUCCAUGAAAAAAGAGAGUGCGGAAGGUGAGAGUGAGGAGCAGAAGGCGCAAAGCAAUGAAGUUGGAACAGGAAGUUCCAAGAAAAAGAAAAAGAAGAAGAAACACAAGAAGUCAAACAAGCGUUCCAAACGCAAAGAGAAAGAAAAAGCAGCGAUGGAGGGGGAGGCAGAGACGGAUAUUCCUGGAGAGAAAACCAAAAAGAAGAAAAAGCAUAAACGGAAGAAAAGCAAAAACAAACCACAGGGUGAGGAUGAAGAGGAGGAGGGUGGGGAGGGAAAAGGUAAAGAUAAAGACAAGGAAGACAAAGGAGGUGCUGCCGCCACUUCUUCAGCACAGUCCACUGGAGAAGCCUCUGUACCAGAGUCAGGCAAAAGGAAGCGAUCCCUGAAGGAGGAGAGGUCAGGGGGAGAGCAAAGUGGGACAGGAAAAUCCAAGUCCUCAGAGGAGCAUAAUGGCACCAAACGGCUCAAAACUGACCCUAAUGCACCACCGGCUGCAUCCUGCUCUGCCUCAGCCCAGAAAAGCCCCGGAGGAGGUCGACCCCCAAGUAGUGAGAGUGAAGACGAGGGAGGUUCCUCAUCUCAGCGCUCCCGUCCCCCACGGCAUCGUUCCACACCCACACGUGAGCAUCGAAGACACCGCAGCCACGAUUCUGGCCGCUCUGGUCGCUCCCGUAGUCGGUCUUCCCGCCGGGGGGAUCGCCAUCGGAGAAGGCACCACGGCCAGACGUCACGCAGUCACUCAUACUCGAGUAGCUCAGAGGAUCGAUCCUCAGCAGGGAGCAGUGUUUACAGCCGUCGUAGCUACAGCUACUCUGACAGUUACAGUGACUACAGUGAUGCAGAGCGUCGACACCGCUCCAAAAGGCGGUCCUCUGACUCCGAGUAUGAGCGGCGGAGCAGCACUCGGUCCCGUAGACGUCACUACUCUUCCUCUUCCUCAGAUGAGGAGGACUCUCGGUCACGCUCUCGAUCACACAGUCGGAGGAAACGUCGCCACAGGCGACGGCAUCACAGCAGUUCCCGUAGCUCAAGUCGCAGCAGCAGGAGCAGCAGUGCCCGUUCAUGGAGGCGCAGCAGCUAUAGCCGCAGCCGCAGCUCCGCAAGUCGCUCUUCCAGCUCCACCAAGGGUUCACUUCACAGGCGAGAUCACAGCCGCCGAACUGACAGUCCCACACGACGACGUGAUUUCAACCGCUCUCGGAUCUAUCGCUCUCAAUCUCCACGGUCCUCCUCUUCUCGAGCACAGCCUCGAAACAGCAACUCAUCAUCUUCAGCACAAGGGACCAGAGGGAGUGGAGGAGGCUCAAGAGAAGGUUUUGGCUCUGGGGAAACUAGAAACUCAGUUACUGCCCGCCAACUACUUGAGAAGGUCCAGUCUCGGAAGGGAGGGGAAGAUUCUGGGACUGUCACCAAGUCAGGUAAGAUCAAAGACCCGCCACAGGGAUUCUUUGGGCCCAAACUUCCCCCUAGUCUUGGAAACAAGAGCAUGCUGCCAUUGUUUGGAAAGCUUCAAGCUGGAAAAAAGUCCUCACUGCUACCCCUGACUCGAUCUGAUGACGGUGAGAAGUCAGCCGGAUCAAAAAGCUCUGAGGUUGGUGGGGAGGUGAUACUGGUGGAACCUAUUAGGGAAUUUCCCCCUCCACCCCCUCCUCCAUCAGCCCAAAAGCAGCUGCAGUUGCAGCAGCAGCAACAACAACAGGAACAGCAACAACAGCAGCAGCAACAACAACAACAACAACAACAGCAACAGCAGCAGCAGCAGCAGCAGCUUGAAGAAACUAUCCCUACCAGUAGUGCUUCACAAGACACACAACAUCCCACCUCUGAACCCCAAAACCUCCAUGAGUCACGGCCUAUGUAUGAGCAGGACUCUUCCAUGCUGAUGCCCCCAUAUCAGGGUGAGCCUGGACAGGACCCCAACAAUCCCAUCAUGGAUGGGCGGCUAAUGGGCCCAGAAAUGGGUCAGCAGCCACCCAUGCAUGCAUACCCCAACUAUCCCCAAGCCAGCAUGGAGGAAGAAGAUAUGGGUAUGGAGGCUGAAGAGGAUGGCUUGGCACCGCUGGAGAGCCAGCCCAUCACCUUCACGCCAGAAGAGAUGGAGAAGUACAGCAAGCUGCAGCAAGCGGCACAGCAACACAUUCAGCAGCAGCUGCUUGCCAAGCAGGUGAAGACUUUCCCCUCAGCUGCAGCAGCAGCAGCAGCAGCUAACUUAGCUGCAGCAGCUAACCUCACCCCGGCACCUCCUCCUCCACCCGCUGCUUUGCAGCCAAUCCACAUCCAGCAACCGACAGUGUCGGCGGCAUCUGCCACUUCCAUCACCACCGUUCAGCACGCCAUUCUGCAACACCAUGCUGCCACUGCAAUGGGUAUCCACCCUCACACUGCGCACCAUCCACACCCAGCUCAUGCCCAGCUAGCCCAAGUGCACCACAUCCCUCAGCCCCAUCUCACCCCCAUCUCACUGUCACCCCUAGGCCACUCGUUAGGCCCUUCACUCGGACAUUCUCUGGGGCAUGCAGGCCUCAUCCCAGCUCAUCCCACUGCCUUCUUGUCUGGCCAACCUAUCCACAUCAUCCCAGCUUCUGCGCUGCACCAUACCCCGCUAGCAUUGCACCAUGUUCCCCAUGCAGCCCUUUACCCCACACUCUUUGCCCCUAGACCUGCCACAGCCGCCGCUGCUGCUGCCCUGCAGCUGCACCCCCUCCUUCACCCCAUCUUCUCAGGGCAGGACCUCCAGCAUCCCCCAAACCAUGGCUCCUGAGAUGAACCUCUCCGUGGUGGGAUAGCUGAAUCCAGAAGCCUGUUGGGGGGACUGGGAGGCUGCUUUGAUUCAGGAAGGUGUGCCUCCGACUACCCACAACCACCUUUGUUUUCUGCUUGAUGUGGUCUUGCAGAGUAACCAACUUGGCAGUUUUAAAUACAGCAGCAAAAAAAAGAAGACAAAGUGGAGGACAAAGACAGAGGGAAACCACUCCUCUUUGGCUUCCUUUAGAGGUUGUGAUGACAGAAGUUUUUGAGCCACAAGACAUCUGGUUCACCUUUUGAGUUGGACUCUGCAGGGAGUCUGACUUGAUAACAGGGAAGAACCCCUCUGUGAGGGACAGGGUGAAAAACAACUGGUGGAACUUUCUUUCUCUGAUCCUUGAUCUUUCCCUUGGAUUUCUAAGUGGAAAAACGUUGGUUUUUGGGGGUUGAAGGAUGGGUUUUAUUGGUUGUCAUGUGGAGGGUGGGUCAGAAAAAAUGAAAGAAAACCACUGGAGCAUUUUUUUCUUGUUUUCUACAGUUUAUUAUUAACAUGAUUGUUGCUGUUUGUAAUUCUGUCCAUUUCCUACAGCCAAAGAGACUCAGUGGCUGAAGCCAUAGUUGGGUUGGGCUAGGCUGGAAUAGCAGGUGAGGGGGUAAGGGUGAUUUCUGUGACAGUUUUUGGGAAGGCACAGAUAUUGGUCAGGAGUACUUUCGACUCCAUUACUGCAGUUUACAUGUGCUAACAUACACGGUUGAGGUGGUGUAGAAAAAUGUUCUGUCAUAACUUAAUGUGCUUUUUAGUGGAUAAAUGGUCUCAUAAUACUGCUAUUCCAGUAGCCAGUUACCCAAGUUUUCUCCCCACCUGUAGUUACAGUCAGUCAGGUUGUGGUGUUGGGCAGUCACGUUAAAAGAGUGACUACUUCAUAUGUUGUCCUCCCGACAAAUUACAUGACGUAUGCAGGGGUGAAUGAAAUAAAGCCAUCUUUAGCAUACUGACAACACUCAACAACUUGUUUUUAUAAAUGGUUCACAAUAAAUCAGUGAUGUGUGAAGUAUCUUGACCUGGUGAACAGAAGUGAGAUGCUUUUUUGUAGUGCCCUGAGUACAGUGAAGGUUACAUUUGGAAGAGGUUUUGCCCCUUACUCUGUCAGAAAUGGAACGUUGUAAUGACUUGCACUGAAAAAAAAAAUAUAUAUGUACUUCAGGAUGCUGUUUUUGCAUCAUGUAACAAAUUGUAUGAUUGUAGUAUACUGCAAUAAUUUUAUUUUCUAUUUGUUUGAUUUUUAAAUUAUUUUCCAUUAUUAUCUCUGAAAGAGUUUUGGGGUGUGUUUUUUUUUUUUUUUUUUGGUUCCUUACUCCUUGUGUAACUUAGUUCCAUGUAAAUAAAGUUACUGUAGUCAAACUAUAUUGUAAAGUAUUACAGGUUUGUAACUCCUAUUUGACAACAAAAACAAUUAAAAAAAUAAUAAUGAAAAGCUAAAGAAAUAACCUCAAGAAAACAGCGAGUGGUGAAAAAGAAGACAAGCAUGUAUAUUUGAAGGCUUUGUACUACAGAGGGCUAACCUGUAAUAUGGAGGGAGGGGAUGACACUGGGGUGGGGAGGGGUUGAAAAGAAUGUUCUAGCUUUUUUUUGACAUAAAUUGUAUCCUGUAAAUGGCAAUGAAUAUUUGCUUUUUAAAAAACUCCUUUCAUGACGCGUCAGCAAAUAAAGGGUUCCCAGUUUGUA